UUAUCUGAUUGACGUUUUUGGAAUUCUUUUUUCCCCUUUCUUCACGCCCUUCUCCCUCUGUUUUUUCUUCUUCCAGUCGCUUUUCAAUACUCAACUUCAACUUUUAAUAACCUUCAUCUGCUGCUUUUGAACGAGUCCAUGAUCCAUUUAUUCCACUGUUUAUGAUGUCCUCUCAAUACAUCUUGAGUUUAUCCCUUUUAUUUUCUCUCUUCUUGAAACUACUUUUAUCCUCAUCCUCUUACUUUUCCAAUGUUUUGAAUGGUACGGAUGGGGACUGCUUAAUCUUGCUUUUCCUUCUACAUUCCUACUUCAAUAAGAACACAUGACAUUGGGUUGAAUUUUUGUUUGUUUUUUUGUUCUCAAGUCUAACUGGUGGGUUCUUUCAUAUUGGAGAAAACAAGGUGGAUUUGUAUAUAUACGUGUCAGAAUAUAAUAUAUAAUCUUGAUUUGUUUUGUGUUCUGUUCUGUUCUUACAAAAUGGGCUGCAUCUGUUCUAAGGUUUUAGCUGACGAGUGUAGUGACAAUGAGCAUGAUGGCUCCGAAAGACCCCAUUCCUCUAUUAAACACCUCUCUGAAUUGAAAAUACCAAGAGCUGGUUCUCCCAAUUCUUCUCAGAUUUGGGAGAAGGAUAGACUGGAUUGUAGUGAUGUUACGGUUAUGUUGUUCGAUACGAAGCCAAACGGUUCUCUACGUUCAUACAAGCAACCUCCUAAUGAGAAGAAGAAGACAGAUUUCCUUGAUGUCACCAUUAUCGACCAUCCACGUAUCAGAAAGAUUCCAAACUCUAUCGAGGCCGAGCAAGUCGCUGCCGGGUGGCCGAGUUGGCUGGCUGUUGUGGCUUGUGAAGCUAUCAAAGACUGGUUGCCAAAACGUGCCAGUAACUUCGUCAAGUUAGAGAAAAUUGGCCAAGGAACUUAUAGCAGUGUGUAUAAAGCUCGUGAUAUUAUUCAAGAUAAAGUUGUGGCUUUGAAAAGGAUCAGAUUUGACAAUCAAGAUGCUGAGAGUAUCAAGUUUAUGGCAAGGGAAAUCCUUGUUUUGAGAAGGCUUGAUCAUCCAAAUAUAGUUAAGUUGGAAGGUUUGAUCACAUCACAAACAUCUUGUACCAUGUACCUUGUUUUUGAAUAUAUGGAACAUGAUCUUACCGGACUCACAUCACGGCCUGGUGCAUCGUUCACCGAACCACAGAUGAAGUGUUACAUGAAGCAACUUUUGAGUGGACUUGAUCAUUGUCACAGUAACGGGGUUCUACAUAGAGACAUCAAGAGCUCAAAUCUUCUUAUUGACAAUAAUGGCAUUUUGAAGAUAGCAGAUUUUGGGUUGGCUGUUUUCUUUGAUUCACAUUCAACAGUUCCGAUGACAAGCCGUGUAAUAACUCUCUGGUAUCGACCACCAGAACUUUUACUUGGAGCGUCUAAAUAUGGAGUGGAAGUUGAUUUGUGGAGUGCUGGUUGCAUUCUAGGAGAGUUAUAUAGUGGCAAACCCAUCUUGCCUGGAAAAACAGAGGUUGAACAACUACAUAAAAUAUAUAAGCUAUGUGGUUCUCCUUCCAAGGACUAUUGGAAAAAAUUGCAUUUGAAGCAGUCAACAAGCAUGAAACCUCCACCGUCAUACGAAAGAUGUCUUCGAGAAAGAUAUAACGAUAUUCCUCAUAGCGCUGUCGAUCUUAUGGACACUUUGUUAUCUAUAGAUCCUGCAGGGCGAGGAACUGCAGCUUCCGCUCUCGACAGUGAGUUCUUUACCACAAGGCCCUUACCAAGUGAUCCUUCAAGCUUGCCAAAAUACCCUCCAAGCAAAGAGAUCAAUACAAAACUGCGUGAAGAAGAAGCAAGGAGGCAACAAGGAGUAGGUGGUGAGAGAAGCCAAAUAGUCUACCAAGAAGUAAAAGGAUUGAAGCAAUCUAGAGUUGUUCCUGCUGCAAAGACUAAUGCUGAAUUGGUUAUUUCAUUAUUGAGAAAACAAAGUCGUUGGACUGCAAAAUACCGGAAUGAAACGUGUUCCUACGAUUUGGUAUCCAAGAGAAACUCAAACUCAGGACCUAUAAUGACUCAGGGACCAAGACAUACAAACUCGAAAAAGGAACCGAAAAAUACUUCGAUUUCGAGUGAGUGUUUAACAUCAUCUGGUCCAAUGGAAUUUGUUUCUUAUAAAUACAUAAGGGAAAGAUCAAAAGGAGUUUCAAGGCCGGAAUCAAUGAGGGAAGACAAAAGUCUUCCUCCUCUAUCCAGUUGUAGUGAAGUGUGAUCCAUCAAAAAGAAGAAGGAAGAGGGGAGGUUGAUAUGAAGAAAGUUAGAAAGAGUUGUCACUUGGAAGAUUGAAAGGCAUCAGGUGUGAUAGGUUGCUAAAUUUCAAGGGGGGGGAGGGGCUUCGUAGGAUGACCCAUUUUGCAAGGCCUUAUAUAAGAUGUAUUUGUUGAUUGAGAGAUAGGAAUGUAAAAGAUGUCAAUCUCGGCUUUGUAUGUAAUUAAGUAGGAAGGAAAAAAGGCCUUAGGUUAUGUAUCACAGUAUUGUACAUAUAUAUAUAUAUAUACCAUUAUAAAUA